AAAAUAGUUUCUGACCAAUAUAAUGGUACACCGGUUACACUACCGCAGUACUGCACACUAAUGGCGCUUUCUCUGUCAACACCUCCCGCUUUCUCUCUCUACAACCACCGCCACUCUCUCUCUCUAAAAUCUCGACCUCAGCAGCAACACCUUCUCUCUCCUAGCUCAUUCACUCCUCUCAGAUUAUCUUCAAUUGAGUAUAAAAAUGGAGGAGGAGUCGUAAAUAUAGUUGGACAAAAACGACGUCGUUUUGGCGGAACAGUUUGUUACAGAGGCGUGGGAGGAGGAGCAUUGUUCUCGCCUCGUAAUCUUCAAUGGAUCGCCACGGUUUCAUCUGCGGUAUUAAUGCUUGCAAAAGGCACUCCAAUACAGAAAUCUUUUAUCGUCCCUAUAUUUGCUCUACAAGCACCUGCAAACAUUGUCUCGUGGAUCAAGGGAGAAUAUGGUGUUUGGACUGCUUUUUUGGCUCUCUUGAUUCGUCUCUUUUUCUUUAUUCCUGGUGAAUUGGAGCUGCCAUUUAUUGCUUUACUUGUAGUACUGGUUGCUCCUUACCAAGUCAUGAACCUGAGGGGAAAGCAAGAAGGUGUUAUCCUUUCCUUGGCUAUAGCUGCAUAUUUGGCUUUCCAGCAUUUUACACGAGCAGGCAGCUUACAGAAGGCAUUUGAACAAGGUUCCGUAAUUGCUACCAUCUGCAUCAUCUGUGUCCUUGCAGUGCCGUGCUUGCUCUUGAUUGCAUUUUAAUAUAGAUGUAGCAGUCUGUAAAUUAUGAACUAAUACCUUUACAGGAAUGAGGGUACAAACAUACUUUCUAGAAUGAAGUUCUUUUAACCUCGUAAUAAGAAUUUUAGGCAUACACUACAUGCAAUACAAUUACAUGGACUAUGUGAUUACGCAUCUUCACAUGGUAAAGAUAUUUUCUUAUA